AUGCUAGAUCGCCUUGGUCCGCGCUGUCUGCUGACCCCAUACAGAUUUGAGGAGCAGACGGAGGGAACCUCCGGCAGGGCGGAGAGUAUUGAGCUGCAGAUGACAUGCCCCGAAGGCAGCUUGGCAAACCUGGAGCGUGCUCUGGCCAGGCUGGUUGGACUUUCGUCCCAGAAGAUGCUCAGCCUCUUCUGCACUCAUCUCAAUAAAGAAUCUAGCGUACGGAGCAUUCUUCUGCCGGCACUCUUCAAGCACCUCUGA